AGGAAGCGUGCUACUUGUUGGGCGCCCACCGUGCGCCAGGCACUGUACUGAACACCGAGAUUGAUCCCGGAAAAUCAGAUUGAGGACCACAAAGAAUCCACCCUAAAAAGAGACAGCGCGGGAGAGGACAGGAGCCCGGGAGAGGGGACCAUGGCCGCGGCGCUGGAGGAAGCCAGGACGCAGGGAGCGGUGACGUUGGAGGACGUGGCCGUCGUCUUCACCCCCGAGGAGUGGCAGCUUCUGGGCCCGAGUCAGCGCAGCCUGUACCGCGACGUGAUGCUCGAAAACUACACGAACUUCACCUCCCUCUAUCUUAGGACUGCGGGUAAGUUUCAGGAGCCGGUUUUCCCGAAACGGGAAGUCGCUGAAGCAGCGGGUUCGCUCGGGGCGCUCUCGGGGAGGCUCCGGCGGAACGCUCCGGCUGUUCGCGCCGACGGCCAAUCCUGGGAAAACCGUCCCGGCGGCGGGAGAACCAGGAAGGUCCCCCAGCGGGAGAGGGGCUUCAGAAACGUCAGCGGGGUCCCCGAGAAGUCCUCCGGAGAGAAGGCGGCCCGUGAGCGCGAACUGUGCGGAAAAGCCUCCGGCCGUCCCCCGCCCUUGGCCCGCCGGGAGAGAAUCCGGUGCUACGAGUACGGGAAAGCCCGCUUCAAUUCCGCACGUGUCGUCGUACUCCAGAGGAUUCAGGCCGACGCGAAACCGUACAGAUGCGGCGAGUGCGGGAAAGCCUUCCACCGCCGCUCGGGCCUGGCUAAGCACCGGCGAGUUCACGCGACAAACAAACCCUACGGAUGCGAGGAGUGCGGGAGGACCUUCCCGUGGCGGUCGCACCUCGUCACGCACCAGAGGAUUCACACCGGGGAGAAGCCGUUCAGCUGCGCCGAGUGCGGGCGGGCCUUCCGGCGCCACUCCUACCUCGUUCACCACCGGAGGAUUCACACGGGGGAGAAGCCCUACGUGUGCGGCGACUGCGGCAGAGCCUACAGCCAGCACUCCAACCUGGUCCGGCACCGGGUCGUUCACGGCGGAAAGAAGCCCUUCGAGUGCCCCGAGUGCGGGAAGGCCUUCAGCUACCGGUCCCUCCUCACCCGACACCAGCGGAUCCACCUCGGGGAGAAGCCGUACGAGUGCGAGCGGUGCGGGAAGGUCGUCAGCUGCCGCUCGGCCUUCGCCUACCACCAGAAGACCCACACGGGAGAGAAGCCGUACAAGUGCGGCGAGUGCGGGAAGGCCUACAUUCAGCGCUCCUGCCUCAGCCGGCAUCAGGCCGUGCACGCCGCCGGGGAGAAGCCCCACCAGUGUCCCCAGUGCGGGAAGUCCUACAGCCACCACCUCAACCUCACCGUCCAUCAGAGGAGCCACACGGGCGAGAAGCCGUACAAGUGCGAGCAGUGCGGGAGGCCGUUCGGCUCCCACUCGGGCCUCAUCAACCACCGCAAGACCCACAGCGGCGCCAAGCCCUACGUCUGCGGCCGGUGCGGGAAGGGGUUCGGCCGGCCCGCCCACCUCGUCUGCCACGAGCGAAUCCACACCGGCGAGAGGCCCUACCGCUGCGGCGAGUGCGGCAGGGCCUUCAGCCGGCACUCCGGCCUCAUCACGCACCGGCGGGUUCACACGGGGGAGCGGCCCUACAAGUGCGGGGAGUGCGGGAAGGCCUUCAGCCGCGACUCCAACCUCGCCGCGCACCAGAGGGUCCACACGGGCGAGAAACCAUACCGGUGUGACCAGUGCGGGAGGGCUUUCAGCUGCCACUCGCACGUGACCGUGCAUCGCAGGACUCACACGGGGGAGAAGCCUUAUAAGUGCACCCACUGCGCGAGGGCCUUCAGCUGCCGCCCGAGCCUCUCUAAGCACCUCCGAGUUCACGGCGGAGAGAAACCCGGCGCUUAAACGGGGCGGAGGGGAAGAGGGCUCCGGCUUCGCCCUUCCACAGAACCGAGGUACUCGGAGAAGCCGCGCGGCUCAGCGGAGAGAGCCCGGGCUUCGGAGUCGCCGGUCACGGGUUCAAAUCCCAGCUCCGCCAGUCAGCUGGGGCGAGCCGCUUCGCCUCUCCGGGCCUCGGUUCCCUCCUCUGGAAAACGGGGAUUAAGGCCGCGAGCCCCGUGUGGGACGGGAACCGCGUC